AUGUCGUUCUUCAAAGUCACUCUCAUCCGAUCGAGCAUCGGUAUGCCACAGAAGAAGGUCGGAGUUCUAAAAGCCCUCGGUCUCCGAAAACGAAUGCGAACGGUCUUCCACAAGAUCACACCAGCGACGGCGGGUCAGUUGAUGAAGGUCAAGGAACUGAUUGCUCUCUCCACAACGGAUAAGAAGCUGACGAGGAGGGAGAUACACGAGAAACGACAACCGCCAUGUGGGUUUGUGGUUGAGAAGUCGAGGUUUUUACGAUCGGAGGAGUCGCCGUCGUCGUGA